UUUGUAAAGAGAUGUACACAAACUUGUAAACAUAUAGUAUUUUGUUAAAUCUCUAAUGUAGAGAGAAAGUAUUAAAAAGAAAAGAUUUUGAUUGUGUUUACUUCACAAGAUGUGCAAAGAUCAAAUGAAGAGAUCCUUUUGGUUCUGCUUUAUGCUUAGUCUUGCUUUCUUGGUUACAAGUCAAGAAGAUGAUGCUUUUAAAUUAUUAUCUUUCAAGAAAUCAUCAGUUGAUUCUGAUUCAAAUGGUUCUUUAUCAGGCUGGACGGUUUCUGGGAAAUCGUCCAGCCCAUGUUCAUGGCACGGCGUUGUCUGUUCCACAGACAACCGUGUCACCGGCCUCAAUCUCACAAACACAUACCUUUCUGGAAACCUUGACCUCUCUGAUCUCAUGUCAAUCUCUACUCUUACUGAUAUCUAUUUCUCCGGCAACUUUUUUUUCGGUAACCUUUCUUUCUCUUCCCCUUCAUGUUCUUUUCAAACACUCGAUUUAUCCUCAAACAACUUCUCGAAUUCGUUAGACGUCCAGUCCUUGUUUCUCACGUGUAAUAGUCUUAAUUCACUUAGCUUAUCAAAAAACAAACUCUCAGAUUCCUCACUGUUGUCUGUUUCCCUUUCCAACUGCCAAAAUAUGAUCUUGCUUAACUUCUCUAACAACAAACUCACCGGAAACCUUCCUAGCUCUUUCACUCCUUGCAAAUAUCUUUCAUCUCUAGACCUCUCCAACAACCGAAUUACGGGUGAUAUACCUACAAGUUUCAUAUCACCCACCCUCAAGUUUCUUGAUCUUUCGGGCAACAACUUGACUGGCAAGUUUCAAAAUCUUAACUUUGGGACAUGCCAGAAUCUUACUGUGAUCAAUCUAUCUCGAAACGACCUUACAGGAACAGGGUUUCCAGCCAGCUUAGCAAACUGCCACCUUCUAGAGAAGCUUGAUAUCAGCCAUAAUGCGUUGCGAAUGAAGAUUCCGGGUGUCAUGUUGGGAGACUUUAAGAACUUGAAAAGUUUGUCCAUAGCUUACAACCAGUUUUUCGGUCAGAUUCCAUCAGAAGUUGGAAAUGCUUGCAAGACACUUGAAGAACUUGAUCUUUCCAACAACCAAUUGAUUGGAGGGCUUCCGGAUACUUUCAUUUCGUGUUCGUGGCUUUCGAGCCUGAGCCUUGGCCACAAUUAUCUUUCAGGGGACUUCUUAAAGACGGUUGUAAGUUCUUUGUCAAAUUUGAAGUAUCUUUCUGCUUCAUUUAACAACAUCACAGGGGAAUUACCGUUGACUUUAGCCAACUGCAGUCAACUCCAAGUUCUAGAUUUAAGUUCUAAUGAAUUUACAGGAAUCAUACCUGUUGAAUUUUGUUCUCCAAGCUCAUCUUUUUCGUCACUUCAGAAGCUACUCUUGGCCAAUAAUUAUCUAUCCGGGUCUGUUCCGAAUAGUCUUGGAAACUGCAAAAGUUUGGAAACAAUUGAUCUUAGUUUCAAUGGUCUUACCGGACCGAUUCCUAUAGAAAUAUGGAACUUGCCACAGAUUUUGGAUGUGGUAAUGUGGGCUAAUAACCUCACUGGUGAAAUCCCAGAAGGGAUUUGUGUUAAAGGAGGAAACCUUCAAACAUUGAUUCUCAACAACAAUCUCAUAACAGGAACCAUCCCUGUUUCGAUAUCCAGUUGCACGAAUUUGUUGUGGGUAUCGCUCUCCAACAACAAGUUCACUGGUGAAAUUCCGGAAGGGGUUGGGAAUCUUGUUAAUCUUGCUAUCCUUCAGUUGGGCAACAAUUCACUUACGGGCCGGGUUCCUUUAGGUCUUGGCAAGUGUAGGAGUCUCAUUUGGCUCGAUUUGAAUAGUAACUCGUUAGACGGGUCACUCCCUAAAGAGCUUGCAAAUUCAGCCGGGCUUGUUUCUCCUGGGCCGGUUUCAGGGAAGCAAUUUGCUUUUGUGAGAAAUGAGGGUGGGACAGCGUGUAGAUUUGCUGGAGGGUUGGUUGAAUUCGAGGGUAUACGAAAAGAAAGACUUGAAGGGUUCUUGAACUAUCAUUCCUGUCCAUCAACCCGAAUCUAUACAGGUUUGACAAUGUACAAUUAUGAAAGUAAUGGCAGCAUGAUCUAUCUUGAUUUGUCCUACAAUUUGCUGACUGGAUCUAUUCCUCAAAGCUAUGGAUCAUUGAGUUACUUGCAAGCUUUGAAUUUGGGUUACAAUAAUCUUAGUGGUGAUAUUCCUUUUAGUUUUGGUAAUCUGAAAACCGCUCUGCUGCUUGAUCUUUCUCAUAAUUCUUUAACGGGUUUCAUCCCAGGUUCGUUAGGGGGCCUUUCGUUUCUCAAUGAUUUCGAUGUUUCAAACAAUAACCUCACUGGCCCGAUCCCUUCAGGGGGUCAACUUACUACUUUCCCAGCAUCUAAAUACGAGAACAAUACGGGCCUUUGUGGGUUGCCAUUGGAUCCUUGUGGGUCAGGAAAUGGACGAUCCGGGCUCAAGCAUAGAGGAAAGAAAACGAAUACUAUGGCUACAGGUGUGGUUGUGGGGAUAUUGGUGUCUCUUCUCUGUAUCAUUAUCCUCACAUUUAUUCUUUUCAGAAUGAAGAAGUUUCAAAAGAAGGCAGAAACUAGAGACAAGUACAUUGAAAGCCUUUCAACUUCUGGAAGCAGCAGCUGGAAAUUAUCAGGUGUUCCCGAGCCUCUAAGCAUCAACAUUGCCACGUUUGAGAAGCCGUUAAGAAAGUUAACUUUUGGGCAUUUGCUAGAAGCUACAAACGGGUUCAGUGCUGACACGUUGAUAGGUUCAGGGGGAUUUGGUGAUGUUUACAAAGCACAGUUAAAAGAUGGGAGUGUAGUCGCGAUCAAGAAACUUAUCCAUGUCACCAGCCAAGGAGACCGAGAAUUCAUGGCAGAAAUGGAAACAAUUGGGAAAAUCAAACACAGAAACCUUGUACCGUUGUUGGGUUACUGUAAAAUCGGAGAAGAAAGGCUUCUUGUGUACGAGUACAUGAAAUGGGGAAGUUUAGAAGCCGUUUUACAUGAUCGGGUCAAAGGUGGAGGAUGUGUUCCAAGACUCGAUUGGUCAUCAAGAAAAAAGAUAGCCAUUGGUUCGGCAAGAGGGCUUGCCUUUCUUCACCAUAGUUGCAUACCUCACAUCAUCCACCGUGACAUGAAGUCCAGCAAUGUCCUUUUAGACGAAGACUUUGAAGCCCGGGUGUCAGAUUUUGGGAUGGCAAGACUUGUGAAUGCCCUUGAAACUCAUCUCAGUGUGAGUACAUUAGCGGGGACACCAGGAUACGUCCCACCAGAAUACUAUCAGAGUUUCAGAUGCACAGCUAAAGGAGAUGUAUACAGCUUUGGAGUUGUAUUAUUGGAGCUUCUUUCUGGGAAAAAGCCGAUAGAUACAUUGGAGUUCGGUGAUGACAACAAUUUAGUUGGAUGGGCAAAACAGUUGCAAAGAGAAAAAAGAAUGAGGGAUAUACUCGAUCCUGAAUUGCUAUCAGAUAGAUCAUGUGAGUCUGAACUGUUCCAUUGUUUGAAGAUAUCGUUUCAGUGUGUGGAUGACAAGUCGUGGAGAAGGCCAACAAUGAUACAAGUAAUGGCGAUGUUCAAAGAGUUGCAAGAAGAUUCAGGAAGCGAUAUUCUUGAUGGGAUGUCAAUGAAAAGUUCAGUUAUUGAUGAAUCUCAAGAAAAAGAACCUCUAGGUGAUCACAGCUGAGACGAGCUUACUCCAUACCAACUUCCUGGUUGUAUAUAUCACAAAUAUGAGACCACGAAUGUCAGGAUUAAACGCCGUGUAGUGUUUGUUGGGACAUUUUACUUAAACAUUUGGAAUAUUUCUUCCUUUCUGGUUCUGCAUCUUUUUUCUGUCAAAAUUUUGGUAAUUGAUGAAUUGUUGCAAUUUGUUCGUUGUUAGUUGUUAUGUGAAUAUUGAUAUUUGCAAUGAGAUUAUUUCA